CCGUCUAUCUCUCACUUUCUCCCUCUCUCGUACUCUCUGUUCGACUCCUCCUUCAUAUACCCACGACCCUUUUCCAUUGCUGCCAUCACUUGUCCCUUCGUCUUCUACUUCUGCAGCAACAACAUAGCAAAAGAAAGAAAGAGAGAGAAAAGUCUUUUGGGGAGCUCACUCACUCUCUUCUCUCAUUUUCCUUCCUCUUCUUCUUCUUCUCCUCUCCACCCUUUUCCUCUUCCUUUCAUUCCUAUUCGCCCUCCCUGUGAGCGUGUUGCUGAACACACUGCGUCGCCGUUCCAGGAAGCUUAAGGAUCAGAAGACGAAGAGGGUGACAUCUUCGUCUUCUGCUGCAACACGGAUCAGGCAGAAGGGCCUACCCAAGACUGUAAAUAGGUGUACCGUAUCAGCUCCGAUCGUAGCUCAGCCUAAACCACGGCGACCUCUAGACAUGAGCAAUGUCACUCCGAAAUUGGUAUGGCCGGAGGAUGAUUAUGUCGAUGAGUCAUUGCUCGAAGAUCAUCAAGGACCAGCUAGGCUGGAAUAUGAUGCAUUGGUAAUGCUUGCGAAUCUGCCUCCACUUACCGAAGAAAUUAUGAGCCGAUGUCCAGCACUUCCAGUCAAAACAAGAUCAACUCCGGAGUACACAUUGGUGUUGGAUUUGGACGAAACUCUUGUGCACUGCAGUCUGACACCACUUGACAACGCCACAAUGGUAUUUCCAGUCGUAUUCCAAAAUAUCACAUAUCAAGUCUACGUUCGUCUCCGACCACACCUUCGCACAUUCUUGAGUCGAAUGGCGAAAACGUUUGAAAUAAUCAUAUUCACUGCCAGCAAGAAGGUUUAUGCGAACAAACUGUGUGAUAUCCUUGAUCCACGGAAGAAUCAUAUCAGGCAUCGAUUGUUCCGAGAGCAUUGUGUUUGUGUAUUUGGGAAUUAUGUAAAAGAUUUAACGAUUCUUGGAAGAGAUCCAUCAAAGACAAUGAUUCUUGAUAAUGCUGUUCAAUCAUUUGCUUAUCAAUUGGAUAAUGGAAUUCCUAUCGAAAGUUGGUUUCACGAUCGAAAUGAUACCGAAUUGCUCAAGUUGUGCUCUUUUUUGGAAGCUAUUCCGACUUUGGGUCGUGAUGUCCGUGAGAUUCUUCGUCACAAGUACCGUCUCCGUGACCAUAUCCCAUUCUACAGCAUCAUUCACCAACAAGAGGGACCCGGUCGCUUGCCCCUUCUAGAAGUUGCACCACCACCAGUUACAGAGCCGAAUGACGAACAAUUGAUCACUCAAGUUGUUCAGAAGCAUCCUCAAUUGGUUCAAGGAUGAUUUUCAGUUUCUUGUUGCUCCUGUUUGUACAUAUUGUAGUCCUCAUUCCAGAAAACAAGAUUGUUGUGUUUUUAUUCAUUCUUUCCAAGAAAAUACCUCAAAACCUACCCCUUCCACUUAUUACCUUCAUUGUUUGUUUCAAUUUUUUCUUUUUCCUUCACAGCCGUCUAAACCCCCAUACAUUUAAAUGAUCUGCAUACAUUUUCCCCCAAAAAACCGUCUCAGAUACUCUCUCCCCAAUAACUACUCGUUUUUUAAUGCACAAUGUGCCAUUUAUAUAUCACUCAUAUUCCCUCUAAUUUUCGGUGUCAAAGUCUCCAUUUUAAUGCAACCCCAGUGACGAGAACGAAUCGCAUAGUUGUUUUCAUUUUGUAAUUAUAACUACUGUAGUAAUAUGAUUAGUUUGAUUUUUUUGAAAAUUCAAUUGCAACGAUUGCCAAAUAAUAAACCAAAUUUCGUUUGAA